AUGCCGGUGGGAAUGCCGGAUCCUUGGAUAUUCCCUGGGAAUCCCGGGCUCUGCUCCUUCCCGCAGGAAACCUUCGAGCAGGAGCGCCGGGAAAUGCUGGAAAACCGCCGGAAAAAGUGGGAUGAGACCAUCCGGGCCCAGAACGAGCAGCACCUGGAAUUCCUGCGGGGCCGGAUGGAGCGGGCGGAGGAGUUCGAGCGGCACCUGGAAGAGCUGCAGGAUCAGGACGUGGCCAACUACGACCGGAUGAAGCUCCAGCUGGAAAAGGACGUUCAGUACCUGGAGCGGAAGCUGCAGGAGAUGAAAGGGAUCUUCCACCUGAACAAGGUGAAGCUGGAAUACAACCUGGAAGUUCUCCGGCAGCAGGACCUGGAAAAUUCCACGCUCCGAUCCUUCCAGAAAAGACGGAUCACCCGGCUCCAGGGGGCGCUGAGUAACUUGAAUUCCCGGCUGGAAAAGCAGGAGAGGAAAUUCCGGGAGGAGAAGCAGAGCUUGGAAUGCGACCGGGAAAGGCUCAAGGGGCAGCAGGAGGAGACCAGGAGCAGGAUGAGACACUUUUCCGUGACGGGCCUGGCUCAGUUCCGGCGGGUGUGGUUGGUGAACGAGGAGGAGGCCAAGGAGCUGAUCCGGAAAGCUCUGGAAGCCGAUCGGCUCAUCCACAUCCAACAGCUGGGAAUUCCCUGGGAAGAGCCGCUCCACUGGUUCCUGGAAAACGUGGGACCCUUGGGAGAGAAGCCGGAGAAGAGGACGGCGCUCCGGGCGGCCCGGGAAGCACUGGAAGAGGAAAACUCCGGAAAACCACCCGAGGACGGGAAAGGGAAGAAAAAGAAAGGCUUGGGAAGCGGAAAAGAAGGAAAAGGAAUUCCCGGGAAAGCCGGGCUCGGAUCCAGACCCUUGGGAAACGUUCCCAAGGAAACCAUCCGGAGGAUCCUGGAGCUGCUCCGGGACGAGUCGGGAUUCCUGAUGGAGAAGGAGCUGCUGAAGCCGCUGCAGGAGCUGGAGGGGCCCCCGGACACCCUCGGGAAGAUCCGAUCCCUCUUCCAGGUGCGGCGGGAUUUGGGAAGGGAAUGA